GGCACUGACUGGCAUCACUGCUGGGCACUGACUGGCGGCACUGACUGGCACCACCCCUGGGCACUGACUGGUGGCACUGACUGGCAGCACUGCUGGGCUGCACUGGUGGGUGGCACUGGUGGGCAGCACUGGUGGGUGGGCACAGGUGGGUGGCACUGGUGGGCAGCACUGGUGGGUGGGCACAGGUGGGUGGCACUGCUGGGCACAGGUAGGUGGCACUUCUGGGCACAGGUAGGUGGCACUGCAGAGUGGCACAGGUGGGCGGAGCUAGUGGGCGCACUGCUGGGCACAGGUAGGCGGAACUUGCGGGUGGCACUGCUG